CCUCUUCCUCUCUGAUCUAAGUAAAUAGUUUGUAGUCUGUAUCGGUCUGUAGUGUCUAUCAGUGUCUAUAUUGUAUCGCGAUGGAUUCGUAGCGGCAACGACUUGAAAAUAUGGUGUCGUACAUCAUAGAGAUCGAAUCCAGGUGGAUGUGAAAACGAAGAGAACGCUGUUGUUCAUCGUCAUAAUUUUCAUUGGAGUAAACGCGACGUGCGCAAUUGGAAGGCAUGCCGCAAUUUCAUAAGAUCGAGAUUAACAGAACGGAAUGGGAGGUACCGGAACGGUAUCAGUUGCUCACUCCCGUGGGCUCAGGCGCUUACGGUCAAGUUUGUUCAGCGGUGGAUACAACUACUGCACAAAAGGUGGCGAUCAAAAAGUUAGCCAGGCCAUUUCAGUCAGCUGUGCACGCAAAACGCACGUACAGGGAACUACGUAUGUUAAAACAUAUGAAUCAUGAAAAUGUAAUAGGAUUGUUAGAUGUAUUCCAUCCGUCUUCGUCUUUGGAAGAUUUUCAACAUGUAUACCUAGUCACACAUCUAAUGGGCGCCGACCUGAAUAACAUUGUCAGAACGCAAAAGCUUUCUGAUGAUCAUGUGCAAUUUCUUGUCUAUCAGAUUCUCCGUGGUUUGAAAUAUAUUCAUUCUGCAGGAAUUAUACAUAGGGACUUGAAGCCAUCUAACAUAGCGGUUAAUGAGGAUUGUGAGUUGAAAAUAUUGGAUUUUGGUUUGGCCAGGCCAACAGAGAACGAGAUGACCGGCUAUGUUGCCACUAGAUGGUAUAGAGCACCUGAAAUUAUGCUUAAUUGGAUGCAUUACAAUCAAACAGUUGACAUUUGGUCAGUUGGAUGUAUUAUGGCAGAACUAUUAACUGGAAGAACAUUAUUUCCUGGAACAGAUCAUAUUCAUCAACUGAAUUUAAUUAUGGAAAUUUUGGGUACUCCACGAGACGAGUUUAUGAAAAAAAUAUCGUCAGAAUCGGCUAGAAAUUAUAUACAGAGUUUACCACCGUUAAAAAAAAAAAAUUUUAAAGAUGUGUUUCGUGGGGCUAAUCCAUUAGCUAUUGAUUUGCUGGAAUUGAUGUUGGAAUUGGAUGCAGAAAAAAGGAUUACAGCGGAACAGGCUUUAGCACAUCCAUAUCUUGCACAAUAUGCGGAUCCAACUGAUGAACCUGUUUCUCUACCAUAUGAUCAGAGUUUCGAAGAUAUGGAUCUUCCAGUAGAGAAAUGGAAAGAACUUGUGUAUCAUGAGGUUGUAAACUUCGUCCCACAGCAGCUACCUACAUUGUCUUCAACAAUUGAAACGACUUCUUAAGAACAACUUCUUAAAAAUAAUUAUAACGCGUGUAAUAUAGAUUUAAGCACAGUAAGAUACAAUAAUAUAG